UUCAAACUACGGAGGAACCCUUUUGAGGCGCAUGUUCUACCGUGUAUAAAAGGUCAGUUGCUCUGCUCGGUAGCACGUGAGAGUGGAUACCAGGGCAAAAAUAUUUGGCGACGAUGAUCCUGGAGAUCUACAACAGAAUGACAUGUGUUUUGAUCAUCCGAGAGCAAAGAUUUUCCGGAAAUGUGUGUGUACACACGUAUGUGUACACACGUUCGAUGACAGUCUAUCUGUGGUAAGAUAAAAUCAAGUGGUAGGAUAAAGUAGCAAAAAAAUUGCGAAAAAGAACGUAAUUAGAUAGCUGUUGGAGUCGUAACUAACAUUAAUUAUAACUUGUUUUCUUGUGUAAGGAGUUAGAUCAUUUUCUUUUACAUUUUAGUGGGAGCAGCACGAGCGGAGGGUU